UUUACUCGUCAACGGCAAAUAACAAAAACACGAGCUUGGGGAGAAACGAUGGCGUUGCUAUGGACAAUUGUGGAGGUCAUGGUGGCUCUGAUCCUGCUUGUGCUAUUUGGAGUAGUUUCUGUGAUUAUUUUCGAAGCAUAUAGAAGAAGACACAACAACGACCACGUUGAAGCUUCUGCAAUCUUCGAAGAUCCUAAUUCUUUGAAAAAGGUUCCUUGUCCUUCUCUUACUGAUCCAGCGGAGAAAUAUAUAUCUUUGAUAAUUCCUGCAUUCAAUGAAGAGCAUCGGCUUCCUGGAGCUCUUGAUGAAACCUUGAAUUACCUUCAACAGCGUGCGUCAAAGGAUAAAUCAUUCUCUUAUGAGGUGUUAAUUGUUGAUGACGGAAGUGUUGAUGGGACAAAAAGAGUAGCUUUUGACUUUGUAAAGAAAUACACAGUGGACAAUGUGAGGAUCAUCCUCCUUGGAAGAAAUCAUGGCAAGGGAGAAGCUAUAAGAAAAGGAAUGCUUCAUUCUCGUGGGGAAUUACUUCUAAUGCUGGACGCUGAUGGUGCGACCAAGGUUAAUGACUUAGAAAAACUUGAAAGUCAGAUCCAUGCAGUUGCUAGAAAGGAGUAUCAUCAAGGAGAUUCGGCAGCUGGUGAUUCAAGUUUUAGAAUAUCUGAUGUCCCAGUAGCUGCAUUUGGUUCUCGUGCUCAUCUUCAAGAGAAAGCUUUGGCUACUAGGAAGUGGUACCGCAAUUUUUUGAUGAAGGGUUUCCAUAUUGUGGUUCUCUUGACUGCUGGUCCUGGUAUUCGUGAUACACAGUGUGGUUUCAAGAUGUUUUCUAGGGCUGCGGCAAGGAAGCUUUUCACAAAUAUCCGUCUGAAAAGGUGGUGCUUUGAUGUCGAGAUAGUUUUUCUAUGCAAAAGGUUUAACAUUCCUAUGGUUGAGAUAUCUGUGAAUUGGUCUGAGAUUCCCGGGUCCAAGGUGAAUCCCCUGAGCAUCCCCAACAUGCUUUGGGAGCUUGCGCUUAUGUCAGCUGGAUACAGGACGGGUAUGUGGAAGAUUGCCAAAUGAGCCUUCAAGCCUGACUGGAUUCGCAACUAUCCAUUAGUAGGAUUUUACAUACCACUCGAUCUAGUUCAAUGCAACAGAGAAAUCAGAGACACUGAUUAGGCAACCGUAGGUUAUACACAUCAUUAAAAUUACAGUUGAGCGAGCAAAAACCUCAGUUUUAAUGUUCUUAUUUAUGCCGACCAUUACCAAACCAUACGGUUUCCAUUUGUAUUAUUUCUUUGAGCCACUUCUUUAAUUGUCUUAUUCA